CAGCAAACUUGCAUAGAUAAUUACAUUGACAUAAAAUCUCUAGAAAAUAUGUAAGUUCAUCACAUAGAGAAGCUUUUAUCAUCUUAUCCACUUGGUAUAUUAAUUAAAUUUGAGACAAGUCUUAAGUUAUGGCAAAAAACACUUCGUCAAAACUCUAAUAGUUUUACCAAAAGCCACUCAUGUGAUACAUCAACAAUAUCUAUUCCUCAGUUUAGUACAUCAUUUUGUCUUGAAACAGUACUUGAAAAAAAUAGUCAAUGUGAUUAUGAAAUUGAUUAUUAUGAUCAAAAUAAUUGUUUGAAUGAUUCAUGUAGAUCAUUAAUCGUAAAUGCCAUUAUUAAUCAUAUAAUAAAAGAAAAAACAUCCAUGUCUAUAACUUUGGAAAAUUGUAUAGGAGAAAUCAUUGUUGCUAAGUUCCCUACUGAAAUAAAAGAUAUAUACUUCAUUAAGGACUCAAUUAAUAGAACACCUAAAGGAAAAAUAUAUUCAAAAUAUUUUAAUACCAUCAAACAGCUAAAAAACCAUGGACUACUUAAAAAAACAAAAUACUCUAAAGAAAUCAAUUUACCUACGAGCCGAUCAUCAUCGUCAUUUGAUGGCAUAACAGAAAUUGAAGAUGUCAGUUCAUUGAUUUCACAACUGCAUCAUGAAGUUCUUACAUGGCCUGAUAUAGAGAAUAUAUGCACUUUAAAGAACCUAUGGGAUAUAGACUUGUAA